GCAAGUGUUGGAAUCGAAUUAAUCAAACUAGACUAAAGGUUCGGACGCACUGUACGUGUCCGAUUGCGUGCACGAUAUCUUGGACUCGAUCGACAUUGUUUUUCCUUGGAAUUCUUUUGUUUUGGGAGAGCACGAAGAAGUAACAUCUGAAGCUGCUUCACCCUGAUCAAACCAGAUUGUCUGGGGUUGCGAUACAUCUUCUGUUAUUGCGAAGUAGAAAUGGGUCGUACAAAGGAAGUCGCUCGUAGAUCAACCGGUGAACCGAUCGUCCCUAAGAAGCCCCGUACUAGUCCGAUAUCAAACAAGUUUGCAAACAGGCCUGAAACUCCAAAGAGCAGUUGUGAGUUUGACAACUCCCAAGAUGAAGCGGAAGAGGAAGACAACAUACCUGAGAUGCCCGAAGAUGAAGAGACAAGCUCCAAGUCUCCUAAAAAGCGGCCUUGUACUACUCCGAAACCAUACAAGUCUGCAAAGAGGCCUGAAAAUGUGGUGGAUAUACAAAACAGCAGUUGUCAGCCUGAGAAGCCCCAAGAGGGAAAGGCUAGCUCUGAGCCUGAGAUGAAAGAAAAGGCGCGGUCCAUUGACUUUGAUAAUCUGAAUUUCAGUUAUGAUGUCAUCUCCAGGAUUCUUGGGAAAGCCAAUAUUUCGAGGGAAGCGUACGAUCAAGUUUUGAAGGAGCGAGAUUUGGCCGUGAACAAGCUCAACAACUUGAAACAAGAGCUAAAGGAGGUCCAGAAUUAUAGGUCCAUGGGUCUGGCUGAGUUUGAGUUAGGCAAGAAGGUGUUGGAGGAUGAGAAAAAAGCAUUGACUAAGAGACUAGAUGAGUCUGAGUUAGCCACGAAGGUGUUGAAGGCUGAGAAGAAAGCAUUGACUGAGAGACUCGAUAAGGAGUUUUGUAACUUUGCAGCAGAGCUGAAGGAGGUCCUGGAAAGCUUGUCCAGGAGCAAGGCUGAGUUGGAACGGACUUCCCAGGAAAGAGAUGGCUACCGAAACAGUUUUGAAUUGGGGAAGAAGGAGUGGGAGGAUGAAAAGAAAUCUCUGAGUGAGAGACUUAAUAAGGAGUUCAAUAACUUUGGAGCAGAGCUAAAGCAGGUCCUGGGAAACUUGUCCAAGAGCGAGGCUGAGUUGGAGAAGACUUCCCAGGAACGGGAUACCUACAGGAACAGCUUGGAAUUAGGGGACAAGGUCUGGGAGGCUGAGAGGAUUGAAAUGGCUAAUAAGGAAAAGGAAAAUGCCAUUGAAUUGGGGAAAAAGGUAGCCGAGGCUGAGAGGAUAGACAUGGCGGAGCGUACAGCAAUGACAAACAAGGAAAAGGAAAUGGCCUAUUGCAAAGGGUACCUAGAUGGGUGGUUCAAGAAGCCUCAUGCUUAUGUCCACGCAUGGCAUAUUGCCACAUUGGCUAAUGAGAUUACUGAUCUUCCUGUCCUGCAGAUUAUGAACAACUUGCCAAAUCACAUGUCUAGAUCUAUACAUCAGUUAGUAAGUGCGCAGAUUAUUAAUUAA